AUGACGGACAACAGUCAGCAAUCUCGCGAGACACCUGAAGCGAUGUCCCCGGACGAAAUCGAUGGGGUAACCCUCAAAUGUAUGACUCUCAUUCGCGAAGACAUGGGCCUGCGGAGGGCCGGCGCGAAAGAACAAUUACCAAGGUCGCAAGUCUGCUACCGUGAACUAGACGUAGACGCGUUAACGGAGACUGUUUUGAGCACAUACCAGUUGAGGGCCAUCGACCCGGACAGACAUUACCACAAAAGCGAGACCAAGCGCAUCUGGACCAGGUUAUUGACGAACAUCAUCCGGGCUAUAUCCGACGCCCAAUGCCUUUUAGCUUACGACAAGCUCGAUGCUACGGGAUUUUGGAAGGAAGUGAAACCAACACCGAUGGUCUUACUGAGCUUGCAACGUUUGACGAGGUGUCCCCUAUUCGUGGGUCCAGGCGACAAUCUCGGAGCGAUGGUAUCGCCAUCUGCAAGCGGGAGGCAGCACCUAUGCAAUCAGGCGGAUUGCAACAGGUACAUCGAAAGGGUUCGCGCCGCUGAUCUCAGAAAGCACAAAGGCAAGAAAGCUGGAGACUCGACGUUCACCUCAGACGAAGUAGAUGAAGCAGAAGAGCUUGGCCCGCACGAGACUUCUUCCCAGGCUGGAAGCCCAGACCAAACGGAAAGCGCAACCACACGCGGCGAACUCACCGAGGGGUCCUCAACCCUAACCGACCGCGAUGAUUCAGGUGGAAAGAAAACUACAAACCAUGUUGAGCCAGACUUUGGUCUGCUUUGGGAGGACAUGAGUACCCCACAUUAUUACGGGUGCCCGCGAUGUGCAGUUACGUUUGAAGCGAAGAGGUGGUGUGGUUCGCCCUACAAAGACAGUAGUAACAACGCUUGCACAUACUGCCGUAUUGGCCAAGCGGCAGACGGAUGUCUCUUUGGUUUAGCCGUUCAUGGUCUCAAAUUCCGGAUUUAUCAGUACACGGGACGCGAUGAGCUCACAGCGUGGGUGCCGGAUUGCAAGAAAGCGAGCGAGCUCCUGUACAGAGACAGCUUUGAAACGUUCCACUCGGAUGAAUACAUGUUCACGAUUGCUGAAGACAUUCGAUAUCCCGAGGACAGCAAUGUUGGACUCUCCAACCUCAUUCGCCUCUUGAUCAGCAUUACUGUCGGUUUGUCAAACAGGAACUCUCGGCCCCUAGGUUUAGGAGGCUCAUAUUCAGUCGACCUGAGCCUGGACAAAGUUCACCCUAUCAAGAUAUCCGGGGUUACCAUCGAAGCGGUCACCCCUCGAUCGGCGGUACGAGGACGGCCGGUUGACACGGGUUCCGAGCGAGAUCGCUUGAGCGGAGGUGUUAGUGCCGGCAAACGCGAAAUGACUCGGGAAGAAUUACAUUCGGGGCCGCCAGGAAAUGAAGUCACUUGGCGAGCAUUGGAGGAGCAGGUUGCUUAUUAUGCAGACCACGGCGCGACAGAUCAAGACGAGAAAGAGAGCGUCAAUGCCCGCCGCGUUCAAUCUUGGCUGGGAUCUGUCGACCUCGGUACAAGACCGACAGACCGGACAGAUUGA